CUGGCUGGCUUACUUCUUUGUCUUCUUUGACGCUUUAACGUCAUAAUCUUCUAACUGUUGAGCAUCUAACUUGUGAACUUUUGGCGAUGGACUGACUGACAGACUGGCUGCCAUGGCUUUGGCUAGUUAUUCUGAAUUUUUGAAUUCAACUAUAAAUGCGUGCGCUGCCAGCCAAACACUAAACAGUUCUAAUUGUACCAGCGGCAACCACAGUUGUACGCGGCGGAUUUUGAUUUCCUUUUCGUUGCUUCGUUCAAUUUGCAUAUUUUGUUGAAAAUACCUGAGAUUCGCACGGAACACAAACGAAUAAUAAUUUAAACGCGAAUUAAGUGAAGAAAUCGGAAAAAAAUCCCAUCAACAAUUUAUUAGCCAUAGAAACGCAGCGGAGGAAGCCAAAAGGUGCCAUUCAAAAUGGUCAGUAAAUGUGUGCUCGCUCUAGUCGCCCUGGUGGCCUGUGUAGGUGCUGAUGUCUCUCACCUUGCCGGCAACUCCUACUUGCCACCACAUUCCGUAUCGGCUCAAUCACGUACCGUUUCAUUUUCGCCCUCAUCCGGAUACACAGCAGGCAAUGUGGUGAGCGGUAAUGCCUAUUCCGCAGCAAAUGGUGGUUUUAAUGCAGGAAAAACUGGUUUCUCAUCUGCCACUGGAAAUACUGGUUAUUCAACUUCAUCAUCUCGUGGAUUUAAUUCGGGUGCAUAUCAACAGCAGCAACAAACAGGUUUUGGUGGUGUCGCCAGCGGUUACUCAACCGGUGCUAAACAGGCUUAUACUGCUCCGGCUGUCCAAAAGACCUUUACAUCCCAAACAUAUAGCGCACCAGCGGCUGCUGUCAAACAAAGUGUGCAACACACCUAUAGUGCUCCUCUUACCCAACAGACCUAUAGCUCCCAAAAGACCUUCUCCGCUCCCAGCGCCCAACAGACCUAUUCUGCACCUGGUAAAUCUUAUAAUAGUUAUCAAUCUUAUACUUCAUCGGGAGCUGGAAGUCAAAAAACUUUUAACGCUCCAGCUGCCCAAACUGUUACUUAUUCAAGCAAUUCUGCUCAACAAACCUACUCUGCCCCUGCUGCUCAAAAGAUAACCUACUCGGCUCCGGUUGUACAACAAACCGUGUCCGGUCCUGGUAAAUCCUACAACAGUUAUCAAUCCUAUACGGCCCCUAAAUCGUUCACCACUUCAACGGUUCAAAAAUCUGCCAAUAAUGUUGAUAGAAACUAUUUAGCUCCCAGUUCGCAGCAGAGCUAUAAAUCGACUACUACUACACAAAGUUAUACUGCUCCAGCCAUUCAAAAAUCCACUUUCACAACUGGAGGUAGCCAACAAUCUAUAGCUGGACCUGGUCAAUCCUAUAACAGCUAUCAGUCGUAUACAGCUCCAGCUGCUCAAAAGACUUCCUUUAGUACUUCUCAACAAACUUCUGGCGGUGCCUCAAAAUCCUUCCAAUCUUAUACUGCUCCUGCUAGUACGAGUCAAAAGGUAACUUACACAUCAGGAAGUACUUCCCAGCAAGCCAUUGCGGGUCCUGGUAAAUCCUACAAUAGCUAUCAAUCUUAUACUGCUCCUGCUAGCCAAAAGACAACUACUUACACAAGCAGCUCUCAACAAGCCAAUGCUGGACCUGGUCAGUCUUAUAACAGUUAUCAAUCUUAUACCGCUCCAGCACCGCAAAAGGUAACCUACACCAGUGGCUCACAACAGACCAGCUCGGGACCCGGCCAGUCAUACAACAGUUAUCAAUCGUACACAGCUCCUGCCAGCCAAAAGGUUACUUACAGCGCUCCUGCCACAGUUCAGAAGACCUACACCUCUACUUCAUCCCAACAAUCUUAUACAGCUCCUGCUCCCCAAAAGGUCACCUAUACCAGCAGUUCCCAAAAAACCAGUUCCGGACCUGGUCAAUCAUACAACAGCUAUCAAUCUUAUACUGCUCCUGCUGCUCAAAAAGUCACCUACACAAGUGGCGCCCAACAGACUGUUGCUGCUGCUGGACCUGGCCAGUCUUAUAACAGUUAUCAGUCCUAUACUGCUCCUGCCACACAAAAGGUUACUUACAGCGCCCCUACUGUCCAGAAAACCUAUACAACCAGCUCUACUCAACAAGCCUACUCUGCUCCAGUUGUUCAAAAAUCCACAUUCACAAGCUCUAGCGGUUCGCAACAAUCCUUUGCUGGACCUGGUCAGUCUUAUAACAGUUAUCAGUCCUAUACUGCUCCUGCAACACAGAAAGUAACUUACACUGCUCCUGCUGUCCAAAAGACCUUUACAUCCUCCUCGACACAACAAGCCUACACUGCUCCAGCUGCCCAGAAAACUACAUUCUCAAGCUCUAGCGGUUCGCAACAAUCCUUUGCUGGACCUGGUCAAUCAUAUAACAGCUAUCAAUCUUAUACUGCUCCUGCAACCCAGAAAGUAACUUACACUGCUCCUGCCGUCCAGAAGACCUAUACAACCUCCUCGACACAACAAGCCUACACUGCUCCAGCUGCCCAGAAAACAACAUUUGCAAGCUCUAGUGGCGCCCAACAAUCCUUUGCUGGACCUGGUCAAUCAUACAACAGCUAUCAGUCUUAUACUGCCCCAGUUUCGACAGGAGCAAGUGGAGCUGCAUACACCGCCUCCUCGUCUUCAUCGUCAGGCGGUACCAAAUAUGCCGCCGAUGGUGGUUACAUCUAUUAAAUUGUGAUCUGUUAUUUUUUUGAAUUUUUUCUCUCAAAUCUGCGACAAAAUUCGAAUUGUUAUACGAAUUAAAUAGGAAUACUAUCUAUCAUUCGGAAUAUUUCUAAUCUAUGUUACGGAAUGUUAAUUGGUAUAUCUUACAAACAAAAAAU